CACAAUUUCAGACGUCAUCGUUGUGCUUCGGUUAUCGCCAAGCAAAAAUGUCUGCCUAAGGGAAACUCGCAAGUUACAUAGUGGAUAUUUGCAAUAAACAAUCGCAAGUGAUACCGAUUUCAUUAUCUGUCCGACGCGAGACAACGAGCCCCGCGCCGUCACCGGCACACCCGAUCGCCCUAGUUGGAUUUUUGACAACAAAAAAGAUUUAGAAAAGGAUCGUAAGAAUGAACCCUCAGCAGCGGAUUGCCGCUAUCGGGACGGAUAAGGAGCUGAGUGAUCUGCUGGAUUUCAGCGCGAUGUUUUCUCCACCUGUAAACAGUGGGAAAAACAGGCCAACCACUCUUGGAAGCAGCCAGUUCAGCACAACAGGUAUGGAUGAGAGGACAAGCCAAGCAUCAUGGGCCCCAGGUGGCCAGUCCAGCCCGUCCUAUGAGUCCUCCAGGAAUUACAUUUCUCAGAGGACCCCAGAGUUAGAAGAAAACCAGCAGGGGUUUGGAGACAGCACUCAUUAUGCUGAUCACUUGAGUGACAGUCGAUUAGUGUCCCAUGAAGGAUUGUCCCCAACACCUUUCAUGAGCUCCAGCACAAUGGGCAAGUCUGAGAGGCCUCCGUUCUCUGGUUAUGGAAGAGAGCCAGGCGUCUCUGGAUGCCAGUCCAGUAUGAGGUCAGACAUAGGGCUGGCAAGUCCACGGCCGGACACCACCUCUGGGAAGUCACCCACUCCAUUCUACUCUUAUACUGGCUCCAAUCCACGAAGACGCUCCCUACAGGACUCUGCUCCACUGGAUCCUCUGCAAACAAAGAAAGUGCGCAAGCCCCCUCCUGGCCUGCCUACAUCUGUGUAUGCACCAUCUCCCAGCUCAGAUGACUUCAACAGAGACUCUCCAUCCUACCCGUCCCCCAAACCCCCCAGCAGUAUGUUUGGAAGCACUUUCUUCGAUGGGACCCACAAUUCCUCUGACCUGUGGAACUCGUCCAGUGGGAUCAGCCAGCCAGGCUAUGGGGGAAUGGUGGGAGGAUCUUCAUCUCACAUGCCACAGUCUGGAAACUACAGCAACCUGCACUCACACGACAGCUUGAACUACCCACCGCACUCGGUGUCGCCCACAGACAUCAACGCUAGCCUGCCACCCAUGUCCAGCUUCCACCGCGGCAGUACCAGCACCUCACCCUUUGUCACCGCUUCUCACACCCCGCCAGUCAACACCGCAGAGGGAGUUAUGGCUGCUGCUAGCAGAGGGAACGCCACUGGAAGCUCUCAGACUGGAGACGCGCUGGGAAAAGCCCUGGCUUCGAUUUAUUCUCCUGACCACACCAGCAGUAGUUUCCCCUCAAACCCCUCCACUCCAGUGGGCUCUCCCUCUCCUCUGAAUGCUCAGGCGGGUGCUGGCGCAGCAGGUACAGUGGUGACGGCCAGCGGCCCCACAGGAAGGGCAGGUACAACACAGUGGCCCCGUGCAACUGGACAGGCUCCUUCCUCCCCAAACUACGAGAACUCCCUUCACUCUCUGAAAAAUCGUGUGCACCAGCAGCUUCAUGAGCAUCUGCAGGAUGCCAUGUCCUUCUUAAAGGAUGUCUGCGAGUCCCGGAUGGAGGACAGGCUGGAUGAUGCAAUCCGUGUCCUGCGGAAUCACGCUGUGGGCUCCACUGCCACCCUGUCUAGCGAUAUCCACAGCCUGUUAGGACAAGUACACAACGGGCCAAUCUCAGCCAUCGGCAACAGUUUCCCAGCUUCUGGAUUGGUCACCAACCGAACAGCACAAAUGGGCUCUGUUCACCGCGAAGAGACCGUCAGCCUGAACAACAACCACGGCGGCCUGCAGACCAACGCCGGUUCCACCUCCAGCUCGGAGCUCAGCCACCAGGCAGACACAUUCAGAGGACUCGUUAGUGCUCUGGCCAGUCAAAUUGCUCCUCCUCUGGACCUGAAAGUCGAGAAUCAUGAAAAAGAUGAAAUGCAUGAUAGCCACUCCUCCGACGACCUCAAAUCAGACGACGAGAGUGAAAAAAGGGAUAUGAAGCAGAAUCGGGGAAGCACUCGAACAAGCAGUAUCAAUGAAGACGAGGACCUGAACCCCGAGCAGAAGGCAGAGCGCGAGCGAGAGAGGAGGAUGGCCAACAACGCCCGAGAGAGGCUGCGAGUCCGGGACAUCAACGAGGCGUUCAAAGAGCUGGGCCGCAUGUGUCAGCUGCACCUGAAGAGCGAGAAGCCCCAGACCAAACUGCUCAUUCUUCACCAGGCCGUCGCUGUCAUUCUCAGCCUCGAACAACAAGUCAGAGAGAGGAACCUAAACCCCAAAGCAGCCUGCCUUAAGAGAAGGGAGGAAGAGAAAGUGUCAGGGGUUUCAGGUGACCCCCAGCAAGCCCACCCGCCUGUGCACCCGGGCCUCACAGACACAUCCAACCCCAUGGGCCAUCUGUGAACAGCCAGAUCAAAUGAUCCCGAUGGAGUGUGUUAGACAGAGUCGGUGACCUUGCUUUCCACGGGCGGACAGGACUCACAGUUUGUGACACAAAUUUGAAAAGACAGACCUCUCGAAGCAAAAUUCCACCGUUAAGCAAUCCUGAGAUAGAAGAAAACUGGCAAGUGCCCAGCUCCCAGUGAAGACAUCCCAUAUCGAUAAGCAACUUUCUGCCCACCAGAGAAGAAAAAAAAAAUCAAGCAUAAAAGCCCCUCAGCACAUAUCGCUGUCUGCAAGCCGUGUGCCGCAGCUGUACAAUCAGAGACUGUCUCCACCCCCUCCACCCUCUACGUGGAAGUUGCCUUGUGCCUAAACUGAAUUGACGAAUGCAUUGUAACAGCAGUUGUUUUUUCUUCUUCUUCUUUUCUUUUCUUUUUGGUUUGUUUGUUUGUUUGUUUUUUUCCUAUUUAUUAUGUUACUGAGCUGUAAGUCUGUGUUUAAAGGGAAAGUUCUGACAUUGCUAUGAGAAGCUGGUGGCGUUUCAGUAGAUCUGCAGUUUGUCGUGUGCUGUCCGCAGCCUCUCUCCAAUCGAUGAGAUUAACAUAUUCAGAUCAAAUUCCAUGCCCUCGUGAAAGAAUCUGAUGACGUUUGAACUUUCAAAGACUCAAGGAUCCCUGUGUCUAAAAAAAGAAAAAAUAAAUAAUAUAUUAUUUAUAUUUAUCAUACAUUCAUUCCACAAAUAGCAGCAUGAGAAACCAAAACUACCUAAUUCUGUAUGACGUAUGUUGAUAGUGUAGAGUCCUCAUCACAGACAGAAAGUUAUGAAUGAGAGAUCAGCCUGUGCUUUUUCGACCAGAUUCCCUGUGUCGUGGAGACGAAGGUGGAACGGCAAACUCUGGCUUUACUGAAAGGUCAAAGGUCAAACACAAGCUGGCAUGUUUAUACUCAUUAGUGAGCAGUACAGAUACGGAAAGCAGAAAGAUACAAAACCCCAGCAUUCCCUGCAUAUUUCUUAGUGUCUUAAACGGGAAAAGGGACGCAGUCUCGUCCUUUUGACUCCUUUGCCAUAUAGUGUUAUGGGUAAAGAGAAAGACGUAUUUCCGAUUCAGUUUGUUUGUAUUGAGACGUUACUUUAUUUGGUCGAACAGCCGUGGUUAUGCAAUCUCUGUUAUAUCGUGAGACAUGGCACUGUUGGAAAAGAGUUGGAUUUCAAACGAAGACCAUUCAUUCACCUGGCCUGAAUUGAAGUUUUGUUUUGUGUUCUUUUGUUUUUCUAAAACCAUUAACAAUUAAAAAAAAAAAAAAAAGAGAAAAAAAAGACUUAAAGUAACCACAUUUUAUUUUUUGUUUAUUUGUAAUUGUAUACAAAGCAACUCUCUAGGCUUCAUAGUAAAGCGUAUAUUUGUCGUGUGAAAAUAGAAGGAUGUUCUAAGUUACUUAGAAUGGCUUUGUCUUUCCCCUCAUGCAUUGAAGUACUUGAUACUCGAUCAGCAGAAUGUGAGCGCAAUGUCUGUUGGAAAAAGAGAAGCUCUGUGAAUUCAAACGCUGUGAAGCAUCAAAAUCAGCAAACAGUGGAAAUGAUGAACAAAGCCAGUCUGGAUCAGGAUUUUUCUCUGCCGUUAUUUGUUUUCUUUGUAAAUCUAAAGAAAGCAGCAGUCACCACUUUCAUUUUAUAAAGUAUGCGUUUUUCUUUAAGACCAAAACUUUUUCUUUUUUUUUUAAGUCUUGCUUGGGAGCUCUUUUUCUGCCCUGUCUGUUUGUCUUCCAUGUGUUCACACCAUUGAAACAAGACUGCCACAUUCUCUUAUGAAUCACUCUCGAAUACGAAGUCAAAAGAACAAAACUUAAGGAAAGAUUUCAGAACAUCAGCAUUAUUUUCCUUCUGUGGGGUUUUUUUUUUUUUCUCGCUUUCUUUGCUUUGUGGAGUUUCCUUCCUUAACAAAAUUAUCGUGAAAUCCACUAGUCUUUGUGGCCUUGUUAUACAUUUCAGUAUUCAAGAGCUUGUAUUUUUGCCGGCAAAAAAAUUAAUCAAGGUUAUGAGUCAUCUUUUUGUCUGUUGUUUUGUUUUCCCUGUUUUUUUUUCUCCCUUUUCCUUUUUUCUGUUCUGUUUUUCCUCUGUUGGAUAUGUUAGAUUUUGCUGUAUGCCCUGAUGCUUUCCCUCAUAACAGAAAAGGAUAAAAAAAAAACAUUUGGCUUAUUUUUCAGUAUAGUUAGUCUUUUAUACAAUAAUAUUGUAAGAACAUUUCUUGAAUUCUAAAUAUUACUCUUUCUAGAUUUUUGAAAUCAAAAGUUUUGAGUAAAAAAUUUCUUACUUUAUUUUACUAUAUUAGAUAGUAAAAAAAAAAUGUACGGUUAUUUACCAUAACCUGUCCAUUAUUAUAAAAAAGAUUAUGGAUAGCAUCUUAAGAACAUAAGUAGGAUUGUAGCUCGCAGUCUAGUACGUGUGGGGUAUUGUACGAGCUCGAUGUUCCAGAGGAUGUGCUCUCCAUCUCUGUGUCCAGUCUGCAUUGUUGGUUGAUGAAAGAUCUGUACCCAUGUCAAAAUUCAAGGUAUUGUCAAUGCACAUCAGAAAACCAGCAGUAAGAAGUCGAAUUCUUUUUCUUUUUUUUCUGUCUCUGUAACAGAAAACACAAUAUGUAUAUAACAUUUAUGUAGCAAUAAAUGUGCCAUCUUUUUUAA